GGAUCAUCCGGUCUCAGUUGGGAAGCACCACAGCGAAGGAGAGCAGCGUAGCAUCUGAUCCUCUGUCGUUCUGUCCUGGCACUCGACCACCAUGUCUUACGCCGGGUCUUAUGCGGCCAAAUCCUACGCGGAUAAGUCUUACGCGGACAAAUCGUACAGGGACAGCGCGUACACGGGAUACGCGGACGAGAAGUCGGCGAAAGAGGCGUACGACGAGCAGCUGAAGCUCGAGAAGAGAAAGAGACGGGAGUCCAUCUGCUGCGAGGUGGUCGCGCUGGUCAUCGGCUUCAUCGGCCUGAUCGGGGUCGCCGCCGUCACGGGCCUCCCCAUGUGGAAGGUCACGGCGUUCAUCCAGGAGAACAUCAUCGUCAUGGAGACGCGCUGGGAGGGAUUGUGGAUGAACUGCUUCCGGCAGGCCAACAUCCGAAUGCAGUGCAAGGUCUACGAUUCUCUGCUGUUCCUCCCGGCCGACCUCCAGGCCGCCAGGGGCCUCAUGUGCUGCUCCGUCGCUUUGACCACCUUCGCCUGCAUCAUGUCGGCCAUCGGGAUGCGCUGCACCCGUCUGGUCGACUCCCGUCCCAAAACCAAGCACAUUGUUUUGGUGAGCGGAGGGUGCUUGUUUUUGGCCGGCUGCUUGACCACCAUCAUCCCCGUGUCUUGGACGGCUCACGUGAUCAUCCAGGACUUCUACAACCCGCUGCUGAUCGACGCCCAACGUAGAGAGCUGGGAGAGGCUUUGUACAUUGGAUGGGUCACUCCGGCUUUGCUUUUCUGCGCCGGGGUGAUUCUGCUCUGUCGACAUGCGCCGCGGACUCAAGAUAAAGAGGACAUGACUGCAGUUCUGUAUCGGGCCGGAUCGGCUCCGUAUAACUACUCCUACGGGCCCGGAUACGGAUACCAGCCUGCGUACGGAUACCAGCCCGCGUAUCAACCAGCCUAUUCCCCUGUCCCGACAGUUUAUAACCCUCCGAGAUACUGAGACACACAGUGAGUGCUGUGCUUUACCACUAAAAUCAGUCUCCAAUAAAGAAGCUGAGUUGGGAACAAUCUGCAUUAGGAAUCAGAAGAAAGCAGGACUGAUGGAGGCUAAAUUGAUUAAACAUGACUGUAUAUGUGACUGUUAGUUUUUAUAUACUUGAUUUGAAUGCAUUUCCUUCUCGUCUGAAUGACUCUCUGUAAUUUGCACAGACAUAAUAGAAAAAGAGAAACAGCAACGUGUGGAAUAUUUCCACACAGCAUUUAACUGCGUAUGCGUGACUUAAUGUUGGCUCUUUGGUAGGAUUGUGUUUGUUUUCCAUUUUUAAAGCACUGGUUUGAUUUUAAUUAUAUUAAAUAAAUGUGUGAAAAUGACUA